CACGCAGGGAUAAAUGUAGGAGCUGGUAUGUUGUAUAGGCAUGUUGUAUUAAAACCAGAGACUUGCACGCAGGGAUAAAUGUAGGAGCUGGUAUGUUGUAUAGGCAUGUUGUAUUAAAACCAGAGACUUGCACGCAGGGAUAAAUGUAGGAGCUGGUAUGUUGUAUAGGCAUGUUGUAUUAAAACCAGAGACUUGCACGCAGGGAUAAAUGUAGGAGCUGGUAUGUUGUAUAGGCAUGUUGUAUUAAAACCAGAGACUUGCACGCAGGGAUAAAUGUAGGAGCUGGUAUGUUGUAUAGGCAUGUUGUAUUAAAACCAGAGACUUGCAAGCAGGGAUAAAUGUAGUCUCUCUCUACAUCAGCAGGUCAUUAUGUGUUUAUUCCACCGCCAUGACAUAGUGCGCAUCUUAUUCCACCGCCAUGACAUAGUGCGCAUCUUAUUCCACCGCCAUGACAUAGUGCGCAUCUUAUUCCACCGCCAUGACAUAGUGCGCAUCUUAUUCCACCGCCAUGACAUUGUGCGCAUCUUAUUCCACCGCCAUGACAAUAGUGCGCAUCUUAUUCCACCGCCAUGACAUUGUGCGCAUUUUAUUCCACCGCCAUGACAUUAGUGCGCAUCUUAUUCCACCGCCAUGACAUAGUCCGCAUCUUAUUCCACCGCCAUGACAUAGUGCGCAUCUUAUUCCACCGCCAAGACAUAGUGCGCAUCUUAUUCCACCGCCAUGACAUGGUGGGCAUCUUGCCCAGACAGCCAUAGCCAGGAGCGCACUGGCAGCUGGACUGACAGACAGACACAGACAGACAACCAGCUAAAUGUGGCCAGGGCGGUCACCUGAUGAUUGCUCAAUCUUGACUCACGGUUCAGGAAUACACUAUAUUACACCUAAAGCAACAACAAGCGAUGUGAUUUAGAUUUGGUACAAAAGUGAUUGAAGGAAGAUGACGGUGACCUACUCCAGUAAAGUCGCCAACGCCACGUUCUUUGGUUUCCAUAGACUUCUACUGCGAUGGAGAGGCAGCAUCUACAAACUGCUUUAUCGGGAGUUUAUAGUCUUUGUACUGUUAUAUACCUUGGUGAGCCUCGUUUACAGACUUGCUCUCUCAGACCCUGAAAAGCGUUUCUUUGAAAAGUUGGCUCUUCACUGUAACAAGUAUGCAGAACAGAUUCCAGUCACGUUUGUGCUUGGUUUCUACGUAACCCUGGUGGUCAACCGUUGGUGGAACCAGUUUGUGAAUCUGCCUUGGCCCGACCGCCUCAUGUUCCUGGUCUCCAGCUGUGUUCACGGCCACGACGAGCAGGGCCGCCUCCUCAGACGCACGCUGAUGCGCUACGUCAACCUCACCUCACUGCUCAUCUUCCGCUCUGUCAGCACCGCCGUCUGUAAGAGAUUCCCCACCAUGGAGCAUGUGGUGGAGGCAGGCUUCAUGACUCCAGAAGAGAGGAAGAUCUUUGAUGCUGUCAAGUCUCCCCACCUGAAGUACUGGAUCCCUGUGGUGUGGUUUUCUAACAUGGCGUCCAGGGCUCGGACGGAGGGGCGCAUCAAGGACAGCGUGGACCUGCAGACCAUCCUCAACGAGAUGAACACAUUCAGGACUUGGUGCUCUACUCUAUUUGGUUAUGACUGGGUUGGGAUUCCUCUCGUCUACACACAGGUAGUAACCCUGGCCGUCUACACCUUCAUCUUUGCCUGUAUUAUUGGUAGACAGUUCUUGGACCCAGCUCAGGGUUACCCAGGUCAUGACCAGGACUUUUACGUUCCCAUCUUCACUAUGCUACAGUUCUUCUUCUACUCUGGCUGGCUCAAGGUUGCUGAGCAGCUCAUUAAUCCAUUUGGGGAGGAUGAUGACGACUUCGAGGCUAACUGGUGUAUCGACAGAAAUCUGCAGGUGUCGUUGAUCGCUGUGGAUGAGAUGCACAUGAACUUCCCUCCGAUGACUAAAGACAUUUACUGGAACGACUCUGAGGCUCUGCCUCCCUACACCCUGGCUGCUGCAGACUACUGCAUACCCUCCUUCCUCGGAUCCACCAGAGAGUUGGAUCUAUCGGGCAUUUUUCAGUUCGGAGAGGCAGACAAAAUGGACAUUCACAGACAGGACAGCCACAACAGCAAUCACAACUUCCGUCAUGGUCGUCAAACGUCAGUCCUGGGGCACGUGCGUAGGCUUCUCAGCGUCCAGGAUCCCCCAGAGCUCGUCCCUCCUCGGCCCUCCUUCAAACGUCACAGCAGUGAGGCCUUCUUCCCCUUCAGACCUGACUCCCAUGACUACCCUGGAUCAGACGACCAGGCCUCCCCAGGACCUGAUCACUCUCUGUUCCCCAGACCUAACCUCUUUAACUCCUAUAACCCCCUCUCGACCAACCACCCUCUGGAUACGCUACGGGAGGUUAGCAGUACUCUUUCUUCCCUGGACACUGAGCCCCGUACGCCGUCCUUCACAGACCUGCCUCAGUGGGUGGUAAGUCCACCUGCUUCUUCUGAUGCUCAUGGGGAUAGUGGUUAUGGGGGUGAUGGAGGGACGUGUGGGGCGUUAUCUGGGGCUCCACAACCCCUGAAUCAUAUAGAGGCCUUCUCCCAACAGACAGGGCAUGAGCAGGCCUCAAGUAAGCCUGGGACUCCAGUAGAUCUGUCCCCCAUUGUGGAGGCUCUGGCCCUGAACACGAAUCAGGGCAACAGCUGUACCCAACCGAGGCCCAAGAAGUUGAGCUGGAACGUCCCCAAAGACUGGUGUAAGCCACAGAGACGUCAGCUGUCCUUCCAGUUCUCCAGACAGGGCUCAAAGAGCUCCCUGCACAGCCUGCCUAGUCCUCAAGGCCUAGGGAGGAGGAGAGGCCGAAACACUUCCACAGCCCUCCACUUUCCUGCUGAGCCUGCCCAGUUCCAAGCACUGCAAGUCCCAGAGACAGACAUUCUGGAGUCCAAUGGUCAUGAGAGUGACAAGAAGGACACCAAUGACAGCCAAGAGAACAAGGACAAGUCACAAUCGGAGAAGUCGUAAUGUUCUCCUGACUUACAUACCCACCCUUUUGACGUAGGACUCAGCAGUGAGCACGUAUUCCACCCCGUUGAGCGUGAUGGUCACCUGGGGCAGGCUGGAGAUUCGGGCGCAGUCAAUCAGGUACUGCAACA